AUGGCGCCUCUUCCCAUCAAGUUUACAGAGCUGGUCAAUUUGACCUCUGUCGGUAUUGCGCCGACUUCAAUUGGCUUCACUUCAUGUACACUAGAAUCCGAUCACUACGUCUGUGUCCGCCAAAAGCUUGACGAAGACGACAAGCCCCAAGUUAUCAUUAUCGACCUCAAGAACAACAAUGAAGUUCUACGGCGCCCCAUUAACGCCGACAGUGCCAUCAUGCACUGGAACAAGAACAUUAUUGCCCUGAAGGCGCAGGGUCGCACCGUCCAGAUCUUCGAUCUCGGAGCGAAGCAAAAGAUCAAGUCGGCGGUUAUGAACGAAGAUAUUGUCUACUGGAAGUGGUUCAGCGAAACAUCUCUGGGUAUGGUCACAGACUCAGCCGUUUACCACUGGGAUGUGUAUGAUGCCACACAACAGAAUCCAGUGAAGAUGUUCGACCGACUUCCUAAUCUUUCGGGAUGCCAAAUUAUCAACUACCGUGUCAACGCCGAGGCAAAGUGGAUGGUUGUGGUUGGUAUCAGCCAGCAGCAGGGCCGGGUCGUUGGAUCUAUGCAGCUCUUCUCGAAGGAGCGCGGAAUCUCGCAAUUUAUCGAAGGUCACGCCGCCUCGUUCGCCAACAUCAAUGUCGAGGGCUCUCCUCUCCCCCACAGCCUGUUCACUUUCGCCGUGCGUACCCAGACCGGCGCCAAGCUCCAGAUUGCCGAGAUCGACCACCAAGAACCCAACCCCCGAUUCCAGAAGAAGGCCGUGGAGGUCUACUUCCCACAGGAGGCGGUUAACGAUUUCCCCGUCGCGAUGCAGGUGUCUAGCAAGUACGACGUGGUCUACCUUGUCACGAAAUACGGUUUCAUCCACCUUUACGACCUCGAGACCGGAACUUGCAUCUUCAUGAACCGCAUCUCCAGCGAGACUAUCUUCACCACUGCUCCGGAUGGCGAAGGUGCCGGUCUGGUCGGUGUGAACCGCAAGGGUCAGGUUUUGUCUGUCAGCGUGGACGAAUCCAACAUCGUUCAGUACCUGAUGGAGAACCCCGCUAUGUCUGGUCUUGCGGUGAAACUCGCCUCGAAGGCAGGCCUUCCUGGUGCGGACCACUUGUACCAGCAGCAAUUCGACACUCUUAUGGCUGCCCAGGACUACACCGAAGCUGCCAAGAUCGCUGCUAACUCCCCCGCGGCUUCCUCCUACUUUGGCAUGCUACUGGACAAGGGCUCGCUCAACAGAUACGAGAGUGUGGAGCUUGUUAGACCUGUCUUGCAACAGAACCGCAAGCAUCUGCUCGAGAAGUGGAUGUCGGAGAAGAAGCUCGAGGGCUCGGAGGAGCUCGGUGACAUUAUUCGUCCGUACGAUAUGUCCCUCGCUCUGACCGUCUACCUUCAGGCCAACGUCCCUAACAAGGUCGUUGCUGGAUUCGCCGAGACUGGUCAAUUCGACAAGAUUCUUGCCUACUCGAAGCAAGUUGGAUUCCAGCCAGACUACACCCAGCUUCUUCAGCACAUCGUCAGGGUCAACCCGGAGAAGGGUGCUGAAUUUGCUACUCAACUCGCCAACGAGGAGAGUGGUGCUUUGGUUGACCUCGAUCGGGUUGUCGAUGUUUUCUUGUCCCAGAACAUGAUCCAGCAGGCCACCUCAUUCCUGCUUGAUGCCCUGAAGGAUAAUAAGCCCGAACACGGUAAUCUUCAGACUCGUCUCUUGGAGAUGAACCUGAUCAACGCCCCGCAGGUGGCAGAUGCCAUUCUUGGCAAUGAGAUCUUCACUCACUUCGACCGCCCUCGCAUCGCUCAACUUUGCGAGAACGCUGGCCUUAUCCAGCGUGCCCUCGAAAACUCAGAGGACCCCGCUUUCAUCAAGCGUAACAUUGUCCGCACCGACAAGCUGAGCCCCGAGUGGCUGAUGGCUUUCUUCGGCCGUCUCUCCGUGGAGCAGACUCUGGACUGCUUGGACACCAUGUUGGAGUCGAACAUCCGCCAGAACCUGCAGUCCGUCGUUCAGACCGCCACCAAGUUCUCCGAUCUUCUUGGCUCCAACCGUCUGAUCGAUCUCCUCGAGAAGUACCGUACCGCCGAGGGUCUCUACUACUACUUGGGAAGCAUUGUCAACCUGAGCGAAGACCCCGAGGUGCACUUCAAGUACAUCGAGGCUGCCACUGCCAUGAACCAGGUGACCGAGGUCGAGCGUAUUUGUCGCGAGAGCAACUACUACAACCCCGAGAAGGUUAAGAACUUCUUGAAGGAGGCCAAACUGACCGAGCAACUUCCUCUGAUCAUCGUCUGCGACCGUUUCAACUUCAUCCACGACCUUGUUCUCUACCUCUACCAGAGCCAGCAGUUCAAGUCUAUUGAGGUGUACGUCCAGCGUGUCAACCCUGCUCGUGCUCCCGCCGUUGUCGGUGGCUUGCUGGAUGUUGACUGCGAGGAGAGCAUUAUCAAGAACUUGCUCUCCACCGUUGACCCAUCUGUGAUCCCCAUCGAUGAGCUUGUGUCGGAGGUCGAAAGCCGCAACCGUCUCAAGCUGUUGCUGCCUUUCCUUGAGGCCACUCUUGCGACUGGCAACCAGCAGCAGGCUGUUUACAAUGCCCUUGCCAAGAUCUACAUUGACAGCAACAACGACCCUGAGAAGUUCCUCAAGGAGAAUGACAUGUAUGACACACUCACCGUCGGAAAGUACUGCGAGAAGCGCGAUCCCAACCUGGCCUACAUCGCCUACCGCAAGGGUCAAAAUGAUCUGGAGCUCAUCAGCAUCACCAACGAGAACUCCAUGUACCGUGCUCAGGCUCGCUACCUUGUCGAGCGUGCCGACCCCGAGAUCUGGACCUUUGUCCUGAGCGAGAACAAUGAGGGCCGCCGUUCCCUCGUUGAUCAGGUCAUUGCCACCGCAGUCCCCGAAUCCACCGAGCCCGAGAAGGUGUCCGUGGCUGUCAAGUCCUUCCUUGAGGCUGAUCUGCCCGGUGAGCUGAUUGAGCUGCUCGAGAAGAUCAUCUUGGAGCCCUCGCCUUUCAGCGACAACACCAGCUUGCAGAACCUUCUGAUGUUGACUGCCGCUAAGGCCGACAAGGCUCGCCUUAUGGAUUACAUCCACCAGCUUAAUGACUUCUCCGCUGACGAAAUUGCCGAGAUGUGUAUCGGCGUUGGUCUUCACGAGGAAGCCUUUGAGGUCUACAAGAAGGUCAACAACCAGCUCGCUGCCGUGAACGUCCUCGUGGAGAACAUUGUCAGCAUUGACCGUGCUCAAGAGUUCGCUGAGCGUGUUGAGCUGUCCGAGGUCUGGAGCAAGGUUGCCAAGGCCCAACUUGAUGGUCUGCGUGUGACCGACUCUAUCGAGUCGUACAUCCGUGCUGAGGAUCCUUCCAACUACAACGAGGUGAUUGAAACUGCCACUCACGCCGGCAAGGAUGAGGAUCUCGUCAAGUUCCUCCGCAUGGCCCGCAAGACUCUGCGCGAGCCCUCCAUCGAUACCGGUCUUGCCUUCUGCUUCGCCCGUCUUGACCAGCUCGCCGAGCUCGAGGACUUCCUCCGCUCAACCAACGUCGCUGACAUUGAGGCAUCUGGUGACAAGGCCUACGCUGAAGGCUACCACCACGCCGCCAAGAUCUUCUUCACCCAGAUCUCCAACUGGGCCAAGUUGGCCACCACCUUGGUGCACCUGGAAGACUACCAGGCUGCCGUUGAGUGCGCCCGCAAGGCCAACAGCGUCAAGGUCUGGAAGCAGGUCAACGAGGCCUGCGUCAACAAGAAGGAAUUCCGCCUUGCCCAAAUCUGUGGUCUUAACCUCAUUGUCCACGCCGAGGAGCUGCAGAGCCUUGUCCGCCAGUACGAGCGCAACGGCUACUUCGACGAGCUGAUCGCCGUCUUGGAGGCUGGUCUCGGUCUCGAGCGCGCUCACAUGGGUAUGUUCACCGAGCUUGGUAUUGCCCUCUCCAAGUACCACCCAGACCGUGUGAUGGAGCACCUGAAGCUCUUCUGGUCUCGCAUCAACAUCCCCAAGAUGAUCCGCGCCUCCGAGGAAGCCAACCUCUGGCCCGAGCUGGUUUUCUUGUACUGCCACUACGACGAGUGGGACAACGCCGCCCUUGCCAUGAUGGAGCGUGCUGCCGAUGCCUGGGAGCACCACUCUUUCAAGGACAUCAUUGUCAAGGUUGCCAACUUGGAGAUCUACUACCGCUCCCUCAACUUCUACCUCCAGGAGCAGCCCCUCCUGCUCACCGACUUGCUCCAGGUUUUGACUCCUCGCAUUGACGUCAACCGUGUUGUGCGCAUCUUCCAGAGCUCUGAUAACAUCCCCUUGAUCAAGCCCUUCCUGCUCAAUGUUCAAUCCCAGAACAAGCGUGCUGUCAACGAUGCCAUCAACGAGAUUCUGAUCGAGGAGGAGGACUACAAGCUGCUCAAGGACUCUGUGGACCAGAAUGACAACUUCGACGCUGUGGAGCUCGCCCAGCGUCUCGAGAAGCACGAUCUCAUCUUCUUCCGCCAGAUCGCUGCCAACAUCUACCGCAACAACAAGCGCUGGGAGAAGUCCAUCGCCCUCUCCAAGCAGGACAAGCUCUACAAGGAUGCCAUUGAGACUUCCGCCAUCUCCACCAAGUCGGAGGUUGUGGAGGACCUUCUUCGCUACUUUGUCGACAUUGGCAGCCGUGAGUGCUACGUGGGCAUGCUCUACGCCUGCUACGACUUGAUCCGUCCGGACGUCAUCAUGGAAAUUUCAUGGCGCAAGGGUCUGCACGAUUUCACCAUGCCCUUCAUGAUCAACUUCCUCUGCGAGCAGACUCGGUCAAUUGAGCUCCUCAAGAAGGACAACGAGGAACGCAAGAACCGCGAGAAGCAGACGCGCACCGAAGAAGACAACACCCCGAUCCUGCAAGGCUCGCGGUUGAUGCUGACCCAAGGCCCGCAGCCCGGCGGCGGUAUCACCCCCAGGCCACUGGGUAUCGUGGAUUUUAGAGUGAAUCGCGCGCUCUCUGAUUACGUUUCCUACUUGCAUAUGUAA